AUGAAAGUUAAGUUUCAAGGUAAUCCGUUGGAUUGUUCAUGUCACGUAGAGGAACUGAAAAAUCACUUACUUGACCGUUAUGCAUAUCGGCAUGAAUUACAAUAUGAAAGCACUUGUUGUGCCACACCUGAAGAACUGCAAGGAAUUCCACUCUACAGAAUCAAUGACGGUGCUGAAUGCACAUUUUUGUUUGGUGCCCGCUAUAGCUUCUCACAUCUUUCAGAAAUAACAUUCAUUUUAUUAGCACUAAUCAUUUUUGCUUUUUGUUUUACUGUGCUGAUUUUAUUUAUACACAGCCGUUCAGACAGACAAAAAAAGAAGUACGCUGAUGUGACCCAAUCACAAUCACGAAUAGCACUAACUUUAUCACAACAUCUUAGUAAUUCGCCUUCAUCGUUAACUGAACCCUUGACUCCACCACCAGAAUCACCUAUUUCUGGAAUUUCAACAAAAGUACCACCACCUCCACCAAUUCUUACUGACAUUUAA